AAUAACUGAAAAACCAUAAAUAAUGAAAAGCAAUUGCAAAUUGUCUCUACUUCGUACUAAAAGUUAUCUCAAAGGUGAACAACCCUUUUAAGGGCAGGUAAACCCAACAACCAAAUGUCGCCUGCAAUGCCAAGCAACUUUCCAUAUACAUUCAUUACACGUUGUCUGUGUUUUUAAAGUUAUUUGUAAAUAGAAUUGCAAUUGAAAGUUGUAUCUCUAUCCCUUCUAGUAUUUUUUUCUGCACUACUGGUGUAGCAGAAGCCUGCAGAUUAGCAAGCCUGUAAGGAAGCCUGCACUGCUGUACUCUGCUGCAUUGUAUAAAGACAAUCUAUAAAUUAAUUUACAAACAACUUUAAAAUCACUGGUAUAUUUAAAUGAAUGUGUAUUGGAAUGGCAGGGCCAAUUUAUCCUAGCAGCCAGUGGUUUGGAUAUAUAAAAUGGGUUACUAGGGAAGGGGCAUGAAAAGAGAGACACAAGUAAUAAAAUGUAACCUAAAAAUUGUCGUUUCAGAAAGUGGUGAGAUCACUGUAAGGUCUGGACUGGGAUUCAAAUGAGUCCUUGCAUUUCAAGUACGAAUAGGCCCAAACAGCCCCCACCAGUUCAGUUAAUAGUGACUCUCAAUGGCAUCUUACAGCAGCCCCCCUGGCAUUUGUCAGAACCCACAGAUUAUCAGUCCUGGUCUCUGUCAACCGUAUUCGCAAUUUAAAGUGGAUGGUUGAAAUAGGCAGUAAAGGAGAGGAAUUCAAAAAUUACUAAAAAAACAAAUAUAUAUAUAUAUAUAUAUAUUGAAUUAAAAAUUGUCAGAGUAUUAAUGUGCAUCUGAUGACCUGUAUUGAAAUUCUAGGAAUAACAGCCAUUUUAGUACUUCAUAUCAGGCAGCUGAAUAUAGGCCUUCUCCCUAUUAUUAUUAUUAUUAUUAUUAAAGGGGCAGUUCACAAUUACUUUAAAUUUUAGAAUGUUAUUGAUUUUCUUAUUCUUAGCAAUUUUCUAGUUGCCUAUAUUCAGCUUUUAAAUGAGCUAAUAAACUAGCAUCUCACACAAAACACGCAAAAACUAGAAAGUAGAUGGCACUCUUGGACUAGUUUAAUUGUAGCAGGUAGCUGUCCAAACCUCACACAAAACAGACAGAUUUGUGCCAACACUGAUGUUGUAGCAACUCCGCAUUUACUAGUGCAGGUAUUGGUCUUGUGUGUUGUCCAUGUUAAAAUGCAACAGAAUCCUGAAUUCAUGGUAAAAGCCUACAUGUACAUACAUGCCUUGCUGUAAAAUAUAUGUGUGAUACCUUUGCACUGAUUACUGUGUUAUGUGAACAUUUUCUACCCAGACAACAGGAGCACACUGAAGCCUGACAACUGUACACUGGAGUCUGGAGCUCUACAUUCUCUGUCUUGCUUUAUUGCAUUAAUUGCACACAUUUUGUUUGGUGAGAGACCAGUGGUGAAUGAACUGGUAUAGGGCCAGCAACUACCUCUGUCUGAAUAUGGAUGUAUUCUACGUUAGAUGCCUGUGCACAAGUCUUUUAUAAUAGUUUUCAUUGUGAAUAGUAAGGUGUAAAAUACCACCUUGUGUUGUUACCUUUCAGAAUUAAACCCUGAAUCUGUGGCAAAAUGUGAUCACUAAUACAGAUCCCACAUUGCCGCAGGUUCUGUCAUCUAUCUUGGAGAGAUACAAAAAUAUUUUGUAGAUUAAAAGAAAAGCAAAUAAUGGAGCACUGUAUUCACACCUGUAAAUUAUAAAAUUAAUGCACUGAUCCCCAUGCAAUUAAGUGAACGGGUGGGGAUGCAAACAGGGUGCUUAUUUAUUGUUUACAUGGCCCAGAACCAUAUAGGGGUUACUAUUAUGGGCAUGUUUCUUUAUAUUGGUUGCCAUGUUUUGAGCGCAGGGGGUUCAAAGUAAUUCUUGGAAAGUUUAUAUACCGGACAAUUAAAGCACAAUAACAUUUUCCUUGGCCUUUUGUCAGUACUUAGAACUGCUGUACAAUUCCCUGUGUAGGUCUGACCUACAUUAGUGUGUUACAGUGACUGUGUGAAGUUUUGCUCCUGGGGGUAACCCAAUUUUUUGGGGGGGGGGGGUGAUUCAAAAUUUCUUAUUUUGGGUGGCAUGGUGGUCCAGUAUCAUGGUGUCUCAUGCAAAUAAUACUGUUUUAUUCACUUGUCUUUCAGGGUUUUCUGAUAUGUCCUUAACGGUGCUGGCAGGGUAAAUGUGACAUGAAUAAAGUAAGCCAAUGGGUCACAACGAUGGCUUCAGAGACUCCUGGAUCUACAGUGUCACUGGUUGGACAAGGGUCUAUUUUAGAUAAAUCUUCACUCCACACGGUGGGGUGCUUGGGAAAAAAUGUUGACCCCAGCACAGCUUCUGAAGGUGGAUAUUGCCCAGUGUGUGAGGCCAAAGGCCAGCUGCAAGCUCUCCGGACAUAUCGCAUUAAUUUCACUCAGUCAAUAUAUCUCUGUGCUAAUCCACAGUGCAUAUACCCCUUGGGAUACACACCUCUGGAUAACAUAAUUGCAAACACGGCCGAUUUAAAGAAACGCCAUAUCCCAGGCAAGCAGAAGAAGCGGCAUAUUUUAGAUGCCUCUGUAACAACUAACUGCGUAAAGAAGCACAAAACGGAUUAUUCAGUUUCUGGUGAACACAUUUUAGAAAGCCUGGUUUCAUCUCCACAAAUUGAAAGCUACAAAUCCCUGUUUCCCUGUGUGCCUAAAGAAUCUCAUGCAAGUGUACCUUGCCCUUUAGAGAAUAUUCAGGAAGGAAGAAGUCAGCAGCAAUAUGUAAUGGGCGACAUUUCGGUCGGCAAUUCUACCACAAGUCCACAUGAUGACAGGGCACCUUUUGUUGAAAUUGCUCAAUGGGACUCUUCAAACCAACCUGGUCACCUGCAAAAAGACUUCAAUGAGCUUCAGAAAGGAACUGUACAAAAUCAAAUUAUGGGAACUACCAUUGCAUCAAUGGAUGUCCCCUCUACUACAAAAUUGAAUGUACCUGCUACUAAAGAUAUUUACAAAUUAUCACAACCAGUGAAUGCUAUUAAUGACCCGCAAACAUGUAUAAACCAAAAUACAGAAGCUCAGGUUUUAAAUGGAUAUACAAAUGCUGAAGCUGAUAUGGGAGGUCCAUUGUCUGUCCUUAGCACUUUUGCACCUCCAGGCUCAUCUAGUUUAAUGCUUACAGCUUUAACUGUGGGACAAAAACAAAGUGAUAUAACAAGUUCCUCCUGCAGGGGUGUUCGUGUUGAAAAAGCAGCCCCAGAGAUACCUCUAUUAUUAAAUGCUGCCAUGUCUGACUGCAACAGCGAGAAUGUAUUACCAGAGGCAGCUUCAUUGCUAGAAACUGACAUUUCAGAAACCUGUAGUAAGAUACAAGACGGUGAUAACUGUUUUGGACAUUUACCUUCAUCCACGUUGGUUAGAGGAAAUCCUCCAAUGGAAGAGAAUGACCUGAAAGACAGAUCCAGCCCAUACAGCAAAAACGCUUCCUUUGAGAAAGUAGAACCAGAGGGAGUGCCAUUGUUGGAAGACAAUAAAGGUCAAGCUCUGGUUGUAUCAUCCACAAGUAAUCAGUUGUCCUUAAUAAAUGUAUUGGAUAACAUUAAUGCAAUAAAUAAAUCCUCAGAUUCAUGUCAGCCCUUUAAUGAGAUACAUCUUGAGCUUCCAAUGGAUGGAAAUGAUCGCACUGUGCCUUAUAGUGCUAGCAAAGGUAAUGCUUUUGGGAAUUGUAGUAAUGUUAAGAGCCUAGAGCAACCUCCACUGCCUGAGGUUAUACCUAUGGAACUAUCUAAGAGCACAAGCAACAGUCAAAGCACUUGUGAACCUCAAGCUGCAUUGAUUCAGCAGUGUAAUAGUUCUUCUGAGCAAAAAAAUGAAGGAAUUACAUUGUUGAAAUUAUCUAGCUCUUUGCAUAGUGAACCAACUGAGUUGGAAGAUUGUGGAAAUAAAAUGGGAUAUGGAAGUUCAUUAUCAAAUGGGGAAAUAUCUGACUUGUGUAAGACACUAAACGAUCAAAUUCAUUCUUCACCACAAGCAGUUAAAAGCUUGGUCACAGACAUGUGUAAUAGCAAUCUGUGCAAUAGUAUUUAUUUAAAAGAUGGUGGAAAAAUACGUUCGGAGGAAACUACAGUACCAAGUUGUUUGCAACUAGAACAGAGUGUGCUGUAUAGCCACACCGUGUCUAACCCUGCAGUUACUUGUCUGAUUCAUGGCACUGGACCUGAAUUUAAAGUGUUGGACACAUCAGAGGAGGAGUCUGGUCCAAUUUGUAAAGAACUCUAUGUGAGCAAUGUAAUCCCAGAUGUAACUCCAGUGAAAGGACCACAGGAUAUGUCUCAAAACAAUGUACUGACCGAUUUGUCUAACUCUUUAAGCAGUGAAAUUACUAAUGUAGAAGAAUCUAGUGUUAUAGCUGCAAAUGAAAGUUCUUUAUCCAAUGGAGAAACAUCUCCUUUAUAUCACAAAACGAGCAGUCCGACACACACUGAGCCAAAAGCAAACACAGUUUGCACAGAACUUUGUGACCGUGUUCUCAGCAAUAACUCUGUUCUGGAAAGCAGUGAUCGCAUUAAUCAGGAGAACGCUCAAGUAACAAUUUCUACACACCCAGAACAGAGUAAGUUGUACAGUCUUGGGGCUGAAACUACAGCCACUCCUUGUUUAUCUCAUAGUGCUGAACAGCCAUUACAAAUUUCUGAGACACCAGGGAUGGGGUGCUUUCCUGUGUGUGAGGAACCCACUGUUGUACACGAUAUGAGCAAUGUAAAUCCACUGAGAGCCUCCCUUGAUACUACUCUGGGCAAUUCGGAUGUUGAUUUUGGAAGAGAAAAGCAAAAUGAGAGCUUUGCAACAGACAGUUCCUUAAUGCUUACUGAUGAUUCCGUAAACGACCCAAAGAAUGGAGAAUCUGUAUUGUCUUUGCCAAAGGGGAGCUUGGAAGAUGGCCGUCCUGCAGUAAAAUCAAACUGCUCAGAGAAUACAUCUUCAUCAAGCAUGCUCAAAGCCUUAAAUGGUGCCCUAACAAACCAUUCUGUGGAAAACGGUUCCCAGGAUGCCCUAUGCGAAAAAAAGCUACUCCAAUGGAGAAACACCCUGUUCCUCUGCUGGCUGGACUGCAUAAUGUCUGCCCUGGUGCAUUCGGCUGGCCUGAGGAGUAUUGCGGCCCAACGUGAGUCUGCUGAAAACUCUGUUAUUCUCCAUCUGCUGAAGAAAUACAAGGAGGCCAAUGCGUUGAUCAAAAGCACAGCCAAAAGAGGACGUCCAAAGAAUUUGUCUCUGGCUGAAAACAUUCUGAAUAGAGUGCGAAUGACCAUCUUUGAAGAAAUAAAGCCCUUCCUAAAAUGUGAAUUGGGAGAUAAAGAGAGCCCUGUGUUUGCUUUGCCAUUACUACUGCAGAGGGACCCGGAGGUAGAAUCCUGUUUUGUGCACUCUGGUGUAUGGAAAUUUACAUGCAAGCUAUGUGGCUACCAAUACCAAAAUAAGUGCAAAAGAACUCUGACUACAUUCACUAAGAUCCUCCCUGAAUGGACUCCCCUAAAUGCUAUCCAUAGAUCGCCCUGCAACAAGUGCCUGGAUACGGAUCAGAGACGCACAUUUAGUAUAGAAAAAAUCCAUGACAUAUUCAUACUUCACUUUGUGGAAGGACUGCCAAGCAAUGAUUUAGGGACGUACUCGUUUCAGUUCGAGGGAUACCUGUAUGAAGUCAGGACUGUAAUCCAGUAUAGAGAAGACCAUUUCUCAUGUUGGAUUGCUAAAGAUGAUGGUACAUGGCUGGAAUCUGAUGACAUGAAAGGGUAUUUCUGCAUAAAACAGAACACUUUUGAGGUUCCUGCUUCAGAAAUUCAUAUUGUAAUGUGGGAAAGGAAGGCUACCAACAGCAGUGGAGCACACAAUACAAUGGCUCCUGAAACCGAAGACAAAGCACUGAAUUGUUUAUUGUCGUCAGUUUCUCAGACCCUGCAUCAAUCUGCUGUAGCUGCUCCAAAUGCUGCAUCAUCACCUCCAAAAGAGACUCUAGUUGCUUCCAACAUACUUUCAGGAAUGGAGGGUUAUCGGGAUGAUGAUAUUAUAACGCUGACUCUGAUUGAAAUUCCAGUUGAUGCUUCAGGAAAUGUGAUUGACAACAACUCUGAGGCAUCUCGGCAACAACCAAGUGCCUUUGUCGAACAAUUACAGUCUCCUCUUAUAUCCCCUGUAACCCUCCAGUCUGUCAGUUCCUAUAUUCCAACUGCUGAUGGGCAAAAUGACCACAAUUCAUGUUCUGGCACCAUGCAGGGAAGCUCUUUUGCUGGUGUUCCUCUUCAGGCCCCUAGCCGGCCCAGUCCUCCCGCCCCUAGCCGGCCCAGUCCUCCUGCCCCUAGCCGGCCCAGUCCUCCCGCCCCUAGCCGGCCCAGUCCUCCCGCCCCUAGCGAACCCAGUCCUCCCGCCCCUAGCGAACCCAGUUUUCCCAUCAUCUCCAGUACUCCCAUCCCUAACAAGUCCAGUUCAAAAAAAGCCUUUUUUGGAAGUUGGAUGAAGAGUCUGCAGAAUAAAAACCCUCUGUUCCUGCCAGCCAAUGUGCCCAGUGCAAAUAAGAAAGCUCCAAUUCGAUGUCCCCUGCUGAAGACUACGGACUUGCAGGCAUCUAAUAAACAGGCCCAGUGUUUUGAUGGGUUUAAAGCUAAGCGUGUCAGUGAUGCAAUCGACACAAACAAUUGCCAUGGUGUAGUUCCCAUGAAAGAUAAUUUCACUGCACCCAAACCUGCUCUCUCUAGCCAAACAUUCCAGUCACUGGGCUCAAAUCGACUCAAAAACGGUCAGAUAGGACUUGCUAAAGAGUUGGCAAAAAAGGUUGCUUUGUCUAAGGAGGAUAAGGUCCGUAGGCUUAGACUAAAGCUGCUGAAAAAGCUGAAGUCUAAGAAAAAUGAACUGGCCACAUUAAAUAUGUGUGGAAAGUCACAGGCUGGUAGUGAUCCAAGCAGCCACCCACUGGAGUUGAGCAGCGCCAGGAGGCGUGAGCAAUUACGCGGAUUCUUACAGGAACUCCAAGACCAAAUAGAUAAUGCUGACACUGAGUCUGUGUGCACCAUGAGCUCCAGCACGUCGUUAUGCAGCAGUCCAGGAGAUGCGGAAUUCUUUGCGGAAUUAUUCUCCCCGCCCCCUACGAAUACCGAGCAGGACAGCAUGGAGGACAGCAGGUUUUUAGAGAUGUAUGUAGAUGGUUAUGCAACAAACACCCCAACUAGCAAAGAAGUCCCGCAGAGCGCCAUCAGUAUCGGCCAGUCCCAUCCACAGACACACGCCUCCGACAGCCACAAUAGCUCCAACACGGGAGACGUUUUCCAUGGCAUGCUUUCAACCCCCACAAUGCACAUGCUGAACGAGGAAUAUUUUUCACCUUUUGAUGAUAUGUUUUAAACUAACUCUGUAUUCACCUGCAUGAGAACAUUGGCCCAAAGCUGGAAGCAUGCGGGAGCUUGGCAACCACACCCAGAAAUCUUUGAUUGCACUUAAACAUCAAUCCUUUUAUGCUAACAGAACCAAUCAAAAGCAUAAUUACCGAUUGAUUGGGGGGGGGGGCAAUUAAACUGCAAAUGUUUCCACCAAUCAGAUAUUUGGCUAAUUUUGGAUUUUCCCAAUUGAUGUAACUGCCCCUAGAAUAUCCGUGUGAAAACUUCCUGCCUUACUUGAAAUGUAUGUUGUAUUUUUUGUUCUAGUCCCCCCUUAGGAAUUGUUUUUAGUGUGGAAAGAUACUAUAUCUGUCAAAUUAAUAUUUUGGACUAUUAAAAAACCUGCAAAUGUUUGAACAUUA